CAACAACAACAACAGCAGCAACAACAACAACAACAACAACAUCAAAAUCAAUCGGAUAAAGAUUUUUUUUGCGAAUUAUGUUGUAAACGUUUUUCACAAAAAGGUAACCUAAAAACGCACAUAAGAUCCGUACAUACGAAAGAAAAACCAUUUACCUGUCCUGUUUGUGGGAAAACUUUCUCGCAAAAAGGCAAUCUUAAAACACAUAUGCAACGUCAUGCUGGAACGUAUCCAUCACAGAAACGUAGUACAAGUAGCCGUCGUAAUACAUUAGCCAAUCAUCCGAAUAAUCCACCUAAUCCAGCCGCUAUGGUUGCAGCUGUGAAUGGAAAUCAACAUAGCGGUGGUGGUGGUGGUCAUCAUACUGUGGAACGUGUUUCAUCAGCAUCAUUAAUGCAAGCAGCUGCUACAUAUGGACCAAAUUCCGUACUUGAUCUUGGCCUUGGAGCUGUAGCCGCUGCGGCUGUAAAUCCAAAUAAUAAUAAUAAUAAUAACGCAGGUGGUCAUGAUACAAGACCGAAUGGAUCACCAUCACGAUCAUCAUCUGUAACCGAUGAUGAUGGCGGUUCAUCAUCAUCACCAUUAAGCGAUAUACCCUCGGCAGCGGCGGCAGCAGCCGCAGCAGCAGCUGCCGCAGCAUCAUCACAUCAUUCCAAUUUAUUGAAUGCAAGAAAUCACCUGAAUCACAGCCUUUCCAGUGAGUUUCACCAACAGCCGUUGAUGGCACAAAUUCCAUAUUCCAUCCAUUGUUUGAUUGCUAGGUCAGAACAAUCAAAGAAAUUUCGAAAUCGGUAAAACAACCGAUUCAACAACUGAUCCAACAAUGAUAUCAUUUGUCAAUGCAACUGGUGUUAAUGUUGGACCAUCAUCAUCAUCAGUUGCAGCCGCUGCACUUACACUUUAUUCACCAUCAACAACAAAUCAACUACUGGUCAAGCGGCGGCUGCAAUUGUAAAUAAAUAAUCCAUUAUCCUCACAUUCAACAUCAUCAGCAGCCGCAGCAUCUAGUUGGCUUUCCGGUCAUCCAGCUAAUUUAAGCCAUAAAUCUAUAUUCAACAAUAAUAAUCAUGCUGCCAAUAACGGUACCGGUAGUAGUAGUGUCGGUGUUCACAAUAAUGGACGUAAUACUACAAUCUAAUGGUCCAUUUCUAACGACACCAUAUGGAAAUUUUGCAUCACCGUUAAGCCGUUUAUCAUUGUUUAACGGUAUGGCAGCCGGUAUGCAUGCCGCCAAUUCGGCUACCAUAUGCCUUGGACAUAUGAUGAAUGGUGCUACAGCCGGAUUUGUU